AUGGCUCACACUGAGCAGAAGGAUCCUCCGUUCCCACUAUUUUCGAGACCCAGCAUGGAAGUAGAGCCCAGAGCAAGAGACGGAGCCACUGAGGGCACUCACCAGCUUAGCACUGAGCUCCUUCAGAAACUGGCUGUAUCUAUUAAAAAGGAGAGCACAGGGGGCACAGAAGGCAGCUUCGAUCAGGUACUAGGCCUCACUCCCAUUGCUGGGCCCACACCGCUGAGGCUUGGUCGAGGGCCCGGCGUCGGCGUUUCCUCACGAAGGGGUCAACCCCCUCCCGGGGCCUCGGGCAGCGGCAGCGCCGUAAGAGGCUCUGAAGAGGGGGGAGAUUACCGCACUGCCAUGGAGGCUGGUUACGAAAAGGGCAGUCCUGGACAUAGGCCCUCGGACUAUAUCUCACUUCACUUUAGAAAGCAGGUACCCAAAAGAAUUCCAGAUGUUAGAGGAUAUAUUCAAGGUCCUGCAGGCUCUCGCUGGCAGAACUGGGAAAGAAGUGUGGCUCUCGGGUGUGUGCAUGUUGGAACAGGCAGGCUCAGAGCUUCCAAAGCAGCAACAGAAGUAAUCUUAAACGUUCCUGAAACUAGGGUGAGUCCCCUGGAAAACGGCUUGCAAGUAGCUUCUGAAGACUCUGGACUCUCAACAUGCACAGUUGGACUUUGGAUUGAUGCUGGAAGCAGGUAUGAAAAUGAGAAGAACAAUGGAACUGCUCACUUCCUUGAGCAUAUGGCUUUCAAGGGAACAAAAAAGAGAUCUCAGUUAGACCUUGAACUAGAGAUUGAGAACAUGGGAGCUCAUCUGAACGCGUAUACAUCCAGGGAACAAACCGUGUAUUACGCAAAGGCUUUUUCGAAAGACUUACCAAGAGCUGUGGAAAUUCUUGCUGACAUAAUACAGAACAGUACCCUGGGAGAAGCAGAGAUUGAGCGUGAGCGAGGAGUUAUACUUCGAGAGAUGCAAGAGGUUGAAACCAAUUUACAAGAAGUUGUCUUUGAUUACCUUCAUGCUACAGCCUAUCAGAAGACAGCCCUAGGACGGACAAUUUUAGGACCCACUGAAAACAUCAAAUCCAUAAACCGUAAUGACUUGGUGGAGUACAUAACAACACAUUACAAAGGACCCAGAAUGGUCCUGGCUGCUGCUGGAGGGGUCUCUCAUGAUGAGCUACUUGACCUAGCAAAGUGCCACUUUGGUAACUUGCCAUCGGCUCCAGAAGGAGGACUGCCACCCCUGCCACCUUGUACCUUCACAGGUAGUGAGAUUCGUAUAAGAGAUGAUAAGAUGCCCUUGGCACACAUUGCGAUAGCUGUUGAAGCAGCUGGUUGGUCGCACCCAGAUACAAUCCCACUCAUGGUAGCGAAUACUCUGAUAGGUAAUUGGGAUCGUUCCUUUGGAGGAGGCGUGCAGAAUUUAUCCAGUAAACUUGCUCAGAUUGCCUGCCAUGGUAACCUGUGUCACAGUUUCCAGUCCUUCAACACCUGCUACACUGAUACAGGGCUGUGGGGACUCUAUAUGGUCUGUGAGCCAUCCACUAUACAGGACAUGGUGCACUUUGUUCAGAGAGAAUGGAUAAGACUUUGCACAAGUGUUACAGAAAAUGAAGUAGCUCGAGCUAAAAAUCUUCUAAAGACAAAUAUGCUGCUACAACUUGAUGGAUCCACGCCAAUCUGUGAAGACAUUGGAAGACAAAUGCUGUGUUAUAAGCGCCGAAUCCCAAUUCCAGAACUUGAGGCAAGAAUUGAAGCUAUUGAUGCCCAGACUAUUAGGGAAAUUUGCACAAAGUACAUCUACAAUAAGCAUCCUGCAGUUGCUGCCGUGGGUCCAAUUGAACAACUUCCAGAGUAUAACAAAAUCUGCAGUGGCAUGUAUUGGCUUCGUGAGUAGUGAAUAACAAGAACUUUCAGUGUGUUUGAGCUUUUAAAAAAAAAAAACAAAACCAAACCCC